AGAAGUAGGAGGUGGAGGAGGAGGAGUACAAGUAGGAACAAGGGGAGGAGCCUGUUUGUUGACAUCGGAGGAGAACGGUGACCAGAUGAGUGAAUAUUGCCCGUAACAACUCGUUUUGUCGCCGCGACCAGGACACUCAGCCUCGGCGGGAGCUCAGGUAACCUGCACUGCCCUGCCUUUGCCCUGAGCCGGAGAACAAGAGGCUAACAUGGCAGCCAAAGCAGGAGACAACCCCGAGAGCCUCAUGACCCUGGCUACGGUCUACUGCCUGAGGAACCUCAGGAGGACCAUGUGCUACCAGGGGUUUAGAAACAAGCUCUGCUUGCGCUCAGACAUCUUCCUUCCCAGUGAAAUCUGUGACAAGUUGGUCAACACAUACAUGGAGUUGGUGCACACAGACAGUAACUUUGAACCCGAGGAGAGCUUCUUCCAGCUAUUCUCGGACCCUCGAAGCACCAGGCUGACCAGGGUACAGCUGAGAGAAGAGUUUGUACGGGACAGAGAUCUGGAGGCCAUUAAGAAACAGGACCUGAUUGAGCUCCACCUCACCUACUGCAACAGUCUGUCCUCCCGCAGCUUGAAAGCACUAACCUGCUUCCGUGAGACCCUGGUGUCACUUUGUCUUUUCGGCUGCAGCCUCAUCUUCUACAGGAAAGGCGGCGCCCCUCUCGCCUGUAACGAAGACUCAGAUGACGAGGACGCGGAGAGUCCCGUAUCUAGGCAAGCACUGGAGACGGACUUUAACUUCCAGGGUUUUAAUCGCCUCAGGUUGCUCAACCUGGGCGGCCUGCCCGAUGAGGUGGACGCCGAGACGCUGCUCAAACCCCUGAAGUCGCUCACCUCGCUAGAUCUGUCCAAUGUACAGUUGGCGGGGACGACUUUUCUCACCCAGUGGAAAGACAGAUUGGCCUCGCUUGUUCUCUAUAAUGUGGACCUGUCGGAGGAGUUGGUCAGUACAGUGGUGGAGCUUGUUAAUCUCAGGCAUCUUGACAUCUCACGGGAGAGCAGACGGACCUCCAAAUUCAAGAUGACCAGGAAGAUCCUGGCGGCGGUCGUUCAGCGUCUGGUCAACCUGGUGUCUCUGGACAUCUCGGGUCACAUUAUGCUAGACAACUGCACAGUUCCACACUUUGAAGAAGCAAUGGGGCGACCGAGCAUCGAGCCGUGUAAGAGCAGCAUCUAUCCUUUCCAGGAGCUGAAGAGGCCGCUGCAGUUUCUGGGCUUGUAUGACACCACCCUCUGUAACGUGACACACAUCCCUGCCUGUAAGGUGACAGGAUCAAAGAAUGAAGAUCAGGUCCUCAACGCCAUUGAGUCUUACACGGAGUUCCGCCCUGAACUCGCACACAGAGCCAUCAAUCAGCUGUUUGACAUCGCCAGGAUACAACACUGCAGCCAGCUGCUCCGAGCUCUGCAGCUGGUCAUCGCGGCGUUGAAGUGCCAUAAAUACGACAAGAGCAUCCAGGUGACCGGCAGCGCCGCUCUCUUCUACCUGACCAACACCGAGUACCGCAGCGACCAGAGUGUGCGGCUGCGCAGGGAGGUCAUUCAGGUGGUGCUGAACGGAAUGGAACAGUACCAGGAGGUCACGGUCCAGAGGAACUGCUGUUUGACCCUGUGUAACUUCAGUAUCCCCGAGGAGCUGGAGUUCCAGUACACGCGGGUCAACCAGCUGCUGCUGAAGAUCCUGGAGCCGGCGCGUCAGGACGAGUCCAUCCAGAGGAUCGCCGUCCACCUGUGCAACGCUCUGGUCUGUCAGGUGGACAACCAUCACAAGGAAGCUGUGGGGAAGAUGGGCUUUGUUAAGACAAUGUUGAAUUUAAUUCAGAAGAAGCUCCAGGACAGAAUAUGUGACCAGGUGAUGGAGUUCUCCUGGAGCGCUCUGUGGAACAUCACCGACGAGACGCCCGACAACUGUCAGAUGUUCCUCAACUGCCGGGGCAUGAAUCUCUUCCUGGAGUGUUUACAGGAGUUUCCAGAUAAGCAGGAGCUUCACCGCAACAUGCUGGGGCUUCUGGGAAACGUGGCCGAGGUCAAAGCUCUGCGGCCACAGCUGCUCACCCCACAGUUUAUCACCGUGUUCAGCAACCUUCUGGACAGCAAAGCUGACGGCAUCGAGGUGUCGUACAACGCGUGCGGCGUCCUCUCACACAUCAUGUUUGACGGACCCGAGGUUUGGUCCAUGGAGGAUCCGCGCAGAGACGCCGUGAUGGACAAGAUGUGGGACGCCAUCCAGAGCUGGGACGUGAGCUCGCGCCGCAACAUCAACUACAGAUCGUUUGAGCCAAUUCUGCGUCUGCUGCCUCAGAGCAUCGCGCCGGUCAGUCAGCACUGGGCCACGUGGGCGCUCUACAACCUGGUGUCCGUUUACCCGAGCAAAUAUUGCCCCCUGCUGAUAAAGGAAGGAGGAAUUAGUCUUUUGGAGAAAGUUCUGGAACUGGACAGCUCACAUCCAGACACAAAGGACAUGGCCAGGAAAGUGAUGGGCCUGUGCGAAAGCUUCAUAGAGGAUCCAAUGGAGACGAACCACGGACAGGAGGCAAACUACGGACAGAGAGGUUGACACCGCGGGAGCCGUGACCGCCAGCCAGCCAGCAGACGGGGGAAAUGAAUCCCAAGCAGAGGCCCCGCCCACUGUCAUCAGCUCCAGGGUCACUCAUGUGCAUUCUUCUUCUUCUCCUUCUCCUCCUUCUCUUUAUUAUUAUUAACUUUGUAGAGCAGAGCUGUCCGACCCUCUGUGAUACAUAGGACUUAAGACGUGGUGCAUGGUGUUUAGUUGUGAGGGACCUUUGCUGCACAUAAGCAUCUCUUCUGUUCUGAGGGGUGUGUGUGUGUGUGUGGGGCAGGUGAUAGUGUUUUUUUCUUUUCUGUGUGUGUGUUUGUGGGCGAGUGUGUGUGUGUGUGUGUGUGCAUGAAGUGAUGCUCACUACAUUCACCCGUUCACUUUGAGCUAAAGGCUAAAUGUCACGUAGCGUCCCGCGCUGCUGCCGUCGUCGUCGUCACACUCGCUCCGACACAUGUACAGUAAAUAUUCGCCAUUUACUCGCGCGCAGCCCUGCGGCGAUGCAUCACACUGAUGUUCGACGGGACAGCGAUGGACCUCGGUUUUGUUAAAUAUGUAAAUAAUCUCUGUUUGUCUCAUCCUUUUACUUGUGCGUAUGUUUUAUAAUAUAACUGUAAACACGACGUUUCUCUAUAUUUAAAUUUUGUUUAGGUUUUGACGGUGUAUGUGUGAUCGGCGCUCGGAAGCUACACUCACAACGACACGUCCCGCUCUCUGGAGACGUUUGUAGGGUUUAGUUCAGCCUUUUUUUUGGUGUUUUAAUCUUUGAUCUGUUGAUUCUUCAUAUACUGGAAGCAGAUGUGAGUUUCAGAGGGAAAUACAACAUAUUUAUGACGUGGCCAAAAGUAAGUGGACGGCGUGUAACGCUAGCAUCGUGAAGACACAGGUUUCCAUGCACUUCAUGCGAUUAUAUACAAAGUCGACACAGAAACACGAGUAGACGCUAAUUUAGUGAGAAUAUCACGUCGCGUAUGCAAUGUGAAAUUGAAGUGCGACGUUUUUGUUAUCAAUUAAAACAUUUUUUUCCCUAUUUAAGAAAAUGUAACUGUAAUGACAUCAAAUAAUAAUACAAAAAACUUCAGUAAAGUUACGUUAUUCAACAAAACAGUACUGGUCUGUCUGUCCAAACUGCACAAUAUGUCUACACUGCAGUGCGAUUAUAUAGUGUUUUCAAAAAAAAAACAAGCUUUUGGAUGACUGACUUAAAAGUGACGUCAUGCGUGUUUGAAGUGUAAAGGUGCGUUCACACAAAUAUUACGACAUUCGCGCCUGAGUAUCGUGACACGAGUCCCUUGACGAUGUGACAUUUUGUUGGAGGAAGUCAAAUUCAAAUGUUUGUUGUACAGGUUAAGCGUUGAUAUUUUUAGUCCAGACUGUCUUCUUCUGUCAAAAUGUCCUCCAUUACCCACAAUUCAACUCGACCACCAACGAUUACGUGUGCUAUGCUUGUAACGGUUUACCCAGAGCCUCUGAAAAACACCUGGAAAGACUUUUUGAGGUGUAGAACAUUUCCUCUUCUUUCUGGGGAGUUUUGUGCGGGUGUCCACAUACUUUAGGCCAUAUCGUGUUUAAACCCCACCCCCUUUAUUAAAAAAUUAAUGAAUAAAUAUGCUGCUAAGAGAAAAACUAACUGCUUCACCCAAAUCAAACACUGACGGGAGAAAGACGGUGCAUUCACUGUCCUCACGUGGACGGAGAGCGACGGAGCGACUGUUGUUGCAGCUCCCGAUCGCCCUCAGCCUCCCAUCUUUCCUUCCUUCCUCUAUCCUUCCUUCCUACUUUCCUAACGUAGUUUUUCACUCCAUUUGCGACCUUUCAGGCUCCCGUAGCGUCGACGCACUGCUCGAAUGUUGAAAACAAAAACUCGUUUACAGUUUGAUGUUGGCGAGAGAAAAAAAGUGAUUUUUAUUGAUAUGAGUUCAUGAUUUUGUACCGUGUGUGUGUGUGUGUGUGUGUGUUGGUUUGGGUGGCAACUGUUAUUUCAUUACCCAUCUUCAGUUUAACACAUCAUUUAGAAAAACUGUGACUGUUUUGAACGAUUCAGAAGUUCUCCAUGUUUUUUAAAAUGUUCUGAGCAAACGGAGAAAGUAAGGAAUUAUAUAUACAUAUAUAUAUAUAUAUAUACAUAUACAUAUGUGUAUAUAUAUAUAUAAGAGAAUUAAAGGUGGAUUGUGCAGUACUACAAAUGUCAGACUAAACUAAAGCUAUCCAUGUCAGUAAGCUAUCAUGUUAUUUCUAGCCCGUCAAUGACGAAAACGUCGCGCGACGUAACGUAGGAAUGUCGGUUUGAUACUGUGCGACUUUUUACACCGAUAUCAUAAUCACGAGAGUAAGUUUAUUCAGGAAACUGCUCAGCUGUUUUCUGCUUCCAAAGAAGAAUUAGUUCAGUUAAAAUCUUCACUUCACUGCUUUUUAUUGACAGUCUGUGCUUAGUGGUGCGUUUAUACUGUGAAAGUUAGGGUUUACAGACCAUGUCGGGCAUAAUGUGUAUGCAUCGAGUCCAGGAGGAGGAGGAGGAGUAGCUCCUGUCACAGCUUCAUCUCAGAAAACACCAGACCAAUAUUUUAACGUUUAUCUGAAGCCUCUUUAGCCAGAGAACAAAGUUUAUUUUGGCCAUUUGUGUUUUACCCACCACAACUCACUUGUGUUAGUUGCUGCGUUCAGAGUGGGAACGCUUAGCUUACAGGUGAAACAGAUGAAUAUGACUCGGGAGAAUUCAAGGCUUGAUUCCGACACACACUGCUCUACUCUGUUUUCACAUAGGUAAAAUAUUUGUUUUCUCACGUCUCCGGAGGCUGAAUGUGGAUUUUUGAUUAUUGGACUUUUUUUUUUUUAAUAUACAUAAACCAUUUUUAUAUCAUGUAAUAAACGGACUGUGAGUGCACACAGGUUUUGUUUAGUUAAGCUCUGUGCUGUCCCUCUUUGGUGGUUUGGUGCUCACCUUGUUGCCAUUGUACUUUGAUUAUUUGGGAUUAUUUGAGUUUCAGCAGCGAUCAGAAGAAAACUCUGCUUUCCCACGGUAGUGAAGGCAGCACUGGUGCAGCAAUGCUCCCAUUUUCUCUCCAUGUUGGUUUUUGUCGAAACCCGGCAGAUUUACUAUUGCUGUUUUUGUUGUUGUUGUUGAUGCGCUGUGGUUUCCACGGCAACACACUGACCGCACACAGUGUGUGUUAAGUUCUCACAGUCGCCUGUCACUUUAUUGACGGAGCUGAUUCUCCUUUUUGCCUCGUUUUGUUUUUUUGAUGAAAAGCUUCAACGAUUCACUCUGAUGUCUCUCUCUCUCUCACACACACACACACACACACACACACACGCUGUCUGUGAGUGACACGGUGUUUUAAUUGACGGUGCUGGUUUUGUCCCAGCUUGUGCGCCCGCCAGCAGGGGGCGACUCUUCCUGAUUAUUUAUAAAACUCUUCUGAAAAAGAGACGAAAAAAAUUUAUUUGUCAUAAUUCUUCAUACUCGAACGUGUGCGUGAGUGCGUGCGUGUGUGUCUGUGUGUGUGUGUGUGUGUCAUUGGUUUCUUUUGUAAUCACUGAUGUGUUGAAUCUAAAUUUGAGUGAGGAACAUUAGAUCUGAACUGUGUGGACCUCCCCCCUGUUUUUCCUGAUCUAAAUAUUACCAGGCCAUUAGUGUAACAGGAAUGAGUAAGCAAUAAAUGGAGUGGUAAAGGAAA